AUGGCUUCUGAUAGCGAGUCUGUUGAUACCCCUCCAUUAAUUCUAGCUACAAAUUCGACUGAGGUUCCGAGUACACAGAAAAAGCUAGAGCAGGAGUACAAUAACAUUCAACGAGGCCUAAUGAUAAUGGAAGAGGUGACAAAAACAAGAGCUGCAGGAAAAAAAAUUGAUGUGCAAUGGAACAAGAAAGGGCAAGCAAUUAAAUCCUCAAAAUUCAUAAGUUAUAUUGGGGUGGUGGCAAAGACUACUGUGCCUAUCACAGUAAAAUCAUGGCGCAAAGUAGAUGAGGCCACGAAGGCUCUUAUUUGGGAUACUAUAGCAUCAGGAUUUGACAUUGAUGAGAGUAGGCAAGAUUUUGUCCUACAAAAGGCUGGGAGGGCACUACGGUCUUUCAGAUAUUUUGUCACACAGAAAUAUUUGAAAGAUCCUGAUGCUGAAUUUGUAGCUCGAGUUCCUCCCUUAUUACAGCCUUUGGUAAAACAAGAGGAUUGGGAUGCUUUUGUUGCCUCACGGCAUGAGAAGGAAUUCAAGGAAUUAAGUACACAGAAUAAGGAGAGAGUAGCGAAGAACGAAUAUCCUUAUAGAGCAGGGAGGUUGGGGUAUGCAGGCAUUGAGCAGAAACAAUUAGAGGAGGAGGGAUCAGAGGUUACCAUAUCCCGCCAUAAGCUCUGGGCAUUGGCACGCACUAAAAAAGAAGGAAUUAUUGACAACCCCCGCGUGAAAGAGGUUACUGAAAAGAUUGAUUCCAUCUCUCAGGAAGUCUCACAGGGCAACCUUCCUGAGGAUGAGGAUAUCUUGGCUAGGGCAUUGGGAACUACUGACCACCCUGGUUGUGUCAGGGGUGUUGGCUUCGGAGUCACGAAGAAGUAA